UUCCAUUCAGAUAAAUUUCCUCCCCGGCGAACGGAAUCCCCUGCUGCUUCGGUGGAAAUGCAACGGCGGAGCGGGGCGCGCCGCAGCGGCAGGCAGGGGGGACUAGGGGACCAGCUGUAACCCGCCCAGUUAAGCUCCCGGCCCCUACAGUAGAGGGGAUCCCCCCUCCCUCCCUUUCUUCCCAUCCUCAAUUUAAGCCACGCAAAAGCGAGACCCCCGUUCAGUGCAGCCGGAUCCGCCGCCGGCGAAGGCUCGAGGAGAGGGGGCCGCGGCCGGGGACAGCGAUGAAGAAGGUGACGGCCCUCGACUGCCGCCAGCUCCGGAAGCUCCUGCGGAAGGAGCCUUCCCGCUGCCUGGUGCUGGACUGCAGACCCUACCUGUCCUACUCGGCCUCCCGCCUGCGGGGAGCGCUCAAUGUCAACCUCAAUUCGGUCGUGAUGCGCCGGGCCCGCGGCGGCCCCGUGCCCCUCAACUUCGUGGUGCCGGACGAGGCGGCCCGAACCCGGCUGCUGCUGCCGGGGGAAGGCGCGGCCGCGGCGCGGCUGGCGGCGGUGAUCGUCCUGGAUCAAGGCACCGGGCACUGGCAGAAGCUGAAGAAGGAGAGCACGGCGCAGAUCGUCCUCAACGCGCUGCUGUCCAGCUUGCCCGAGACCGGGGCCAGGGUCUGCUUCCUGAAAGGGGGAUAUGAAACCUUUUACUCUCAAUAUCCUGAGUGCUGUGUCGAUGUAAAACCCAUUUCCCCAGAGAGAAAUGAAACGGAGAGAAACCUCAACAGCCACUGUGAGAAGCAGAGCACCAACCACAAACCGGCUUAUGAUCAGGGUGGUCCAGUUGAAAUCCUGCCUUUCCUUUACCUUGGCAGUGCCUACCAUGCUUCCAAGUGUGAGUUCCUAGCCAAUCUGCACAUCACAGCCUUGCUCAAUGUCUCCAGGAAAGGUUCGGAGUCCUUUAAAGAGCAGUAUUGUUACAAAUGGAUCCCAGUGGAGGACAGUCACAUGGCAGACAUCAGCUCUCACUUCCAGGAAGCCAUAGAUUUCAUUGAUUGCGUGAGGCGAGCUGGAGGCAAAAUCCUGGUACACUGUGAAGCCGGAAUUUCACGCUCCCCCACCAUCUGCAUGGCUUAUCUCAUGAAAACGAAAAAGUUCCGCCUGGAGGAGGCAUUUGAUUACAUCAAACAACGUAGGAGUCUGAUCUCACCAAAUUUUGGAUUCAUGGGCCAAUUACUACAGUAUGAGUCAGAGAUCCUGUCUUCCACUCCUAGCCCCCCUGUUGCCUCGUGCAAAAGGGAAGCUGUGUCUUUUUUUGCAGAAGAACUGACUUUAAGCAAAAACUUUGAAGGCUCAUGUUACACAUUUCCUACCUCAGUCUUGAGUUCUGUGCCCAUUUGUUCUCCUGUCCAUCAGCUAAAACUUAGUCCUAUUACUGCAUCUUCAUCAUGCUAAACCCUAUUGGAAAUGAGAAAUAAUAUGUUCCUUUGAUACCAACUGUGAUUCCAAUAAGAACAUUUCAUGAACGUGCAAUACAGAAGGCCUCACUGAUUUAUUCCAAAAUGGAAUAGUCAUAGUUGGUGGUAACUUGUGUAUAUGGACACUGACUACAAACAAAAGUGAUGUACGCAGGGCUGGCUUUCUAGAGAUUUAAUGUCCUCUUUAAAAACAAACAAAACAACAUUGCUUUUCUAAGUUUUUAAUAGAGUGCAACCACUACUGUACUUCCAGAUCCCUAUGGAACAAUGGAACCCCUUCCACGUAAAAGGGUCAGACCCAUACAACAGUCUCUCGGUUCCUGUCUCUUUGAAAAAUUGUAACAGCCUUGUUUAAAGUGUAAGCAAUAAACAACUGUAUCAGGAAAGAGCAAGUCAAAUGAAAAGCACAAUCCUUGAAAUGACAGGGAGGGCAAGCACUCUAAUACUCGUUUUGCCUGUUUCCUUGCUGUUUGUUUCAUGCAUCAGGGAUUAAGCUGAUCUGAAGCUGGGGUUAGGAAGAAACUUCCCUUUGUGGUUUUAUUAUUGCAGAAUCAGGGGCAUUAGAGGGGGUUUUCACCUUUCUCAGAAGCAUCAGGCAUUGGCCACUCUCUGUGACAAGAUAUUUGAUUACAUGGACCAUUGAUCUAUUUAGGUGUGGCGUUUCCUGUGUUUCUGCACUUGCCUUUGUACUGUAUGUGCUUUUACCUAACGCAGAGAACCAGGGACUUUAAAUGACGUGAUCAGGCUACUAUCUCAUCUGUUAUUUAAGAACUGCCCUGUAAUACUUGAACAUCUAUCUAACCCUCCUCAAAGUCACUCUUCCAUCCAUUGAAACUGUAAUUGGUGGAAUUUAGACUAAAAGUCUCAGCCCCAUCCUCUGACCUCUUCAAAGUGUUACUGGUUCGUACUAUGUGGAGAAAAGUGGUCUUGUUCAGUGUUACAUGGCUUGCUGUCAUAUGUAUGGUCACUCCCACCUAAUGUUUCUUCUGGUAAAAUUGUCUCUCACAAGGAGACUGACUGUCUUUUGUGUUGAGUUUCUGUGUCUGCAGGGAGUUCGGUGUGUGCUGCUGCUUUGUCCGUUGACUUUUUUUUAUUGUUUUUUUUUUUUAAAUAUGGGAAAUAGCAAUAAUUCCCUGAAGAUCUUGUGAAUGUGAAAGAAAAACUGCAAUGUUUUUAUGGAGUGUAAAAUAAAAGAAAA